AUGUGUCCAUUUCAAAAGAAUCAAAGUCGGGACAAUUCUGCAUCCCAACACUGUGAGGAUUUAUUUAACAUUUUUAUGUGGAUAAAAGACAGUGACUUCAAUCCUUCAUGUAGCAUAUGUCGUGAACCGUUUGAAACGGACCCUUCAAAGAAAUGUGUAUUUUUAGAUGUAUAUCAUUGGGACUGUUUGAAUAACUAUGUGUUAAGUCUCCCACCAACAACCACUCCUGCUGGCUAUUUGUGCCCGCUAUGUGAUCAGCCAAUCAUACCUCAAGCGAAUCACGGCGGUCCUGUUGCAGAAGCUCUCCGUACGUGUCUCAGUGAAGUUGAUUGGGCUAAAGGAAGUUUGAAUGAAAUAAGAAAAUACUUCCCCAUAGAAGCAAAUCCAAGAGUCAACUCAACACCCAAUAUGUACAUGCCAACCCAAAGUACGAUGGAUGUUAAACUCUUUGACCCACGUUUGGAUUUAGCCGCUAAGCAAUUUCUUAAAGGACGUGAUGUGACAGAUAUUUUGGAGACCCCGCUAAAAACGUCCGGAAUGCAGAUGGAUUCUAUUUCAAAUGGCACCAAUAUAUACAGUGAUGAUUCUAAAAUAAACUACCAGCGCAGAGACCAGUUCUUGUCUUCAAAUCCGUUUACUUCCUCAGAAAAUGAUGAUAAUGCUAAAUAUAAGCAUCACCUAUCCGUAGCUUGUUUCAAGCGCUUCCUAAGAGGAAAUUCAUCCAAAUUACUUCGUGUAUCAUCUGUUCGCCGACAUCGUCUUAUUAUUCUAAUUGUUGCCUGCAUUAUUUUAAUAUUUCUACUUGGAUUUUAUGGCUCACAACCAAACGAUAUCAGUGGUGAUCCGUUAUUAGAUCCUCAUAUGAAUCCUAAUUUACAUUUUAAACUUGAACCUAUCGAUUCAAUGAAAGUUAUGUUGGACAAUAAUCAUAAUAAUGGUGGGGAUAGACGUAUAAUCGGUGGUUUGAAUGAAGCCUAAUUGCUGUGUUGUAACAACAAAUAACUUUUAUUUUCUUUUUGAUUAUACAUGAUUGAUUUUGUUUUUGCUUACUUCAAAGUCCUUUGUUCUUAUUUUUAAUCAGAUCAUAU